UAUAUAUAUAUAUAUAUAUUUUUUUUUUUAACUUUUUUUAGAUUUUUUUUUAGCUUGCUAGUUACACAAGAGGAAAAGUUGCUCUUCACAGCUGAUUGUUACUGAAACUGAGAAGGUGAUGUAUUCGUCAACUAACGUUACUAGGCUGUGUUCUACCCUAGUACAAGAGGCGUUGUGUGCGCCUAAAUUCGGGUCACGGGUUAAAAAUCCACUGAAGAAACUAUCCUCGCCGGCCUCUCUCUAUCACCAAUUAUUCCUGGACGGCCGAAUCAACAACCGAGUUCCAGCGAAAGCAGCAACGCGAGGUUUGGCGUACUGUAGCACAGACUAUUCCAUGGGCAGUAGCACCAGCCGGCUGUACAGUGCCCUGGCCCAGCCCCUGAGAAGUGGCCCCCAGGCCCGGGCGGACCCCUGUGGGAAGCAGGGGGCCCACGAGGAGCCCACUGACCCCGACAGACUGCUGAAGGAGUGUGAGGAGGCGCUGCGAAACCGCCCCGCCCGGCUUCACCGAGACUUCGUCUUCCCCAAUGGCAGCACCCACCUGAGCCCACCCAUCCGGGUCAUGCAGUGGAACAUCCUCGCCCAGGCUCUCGGCGAAGGCACGGAUAACUUCGUGGAGUGCCCUCCAGACGCCCUGAAUUGGGCCGAGCGCAAGUACCUCAUCCUGGAGGAGAUCCUGACCUACCGCCCUGAUAUCCUGUGCCUGCAGGAGGUGGACCACUACUUCGACACCUUCCAGCCAGUCCUCCACAGCCUGGGCUACCAUGGCACCUUCUGCCCCAAGCCCUGGUCCCCCUGCCUGGACGUGGAGAGCAACAACGGCCCCGACGGCUGUGCGCUAUUCUUCCGCCGUGACCGAUUCGAGCUGCUUCGCAGCGCCUGCCUCCGGCUGACCGCCCAGGCCGCCAAGACCAACCAGGUGGCCAUCGUACAGACCCUGCGGUGCAGGGCGACGGGGCGCCCCCUACGGGCAGCGGUGACCCACCUGAAGGCUCGCAGCGGGUGGGAGCGUCUGCGGAGCGCCCAGGGCUCGGACCUGCUGAGGAGCCUGGGGGGGGAGGAGGGCAACAGCGACGCCCCGCUGGUGGUCUGCGGAGACUUCAACGCCGAGCCCGGCGAGGACGUCUACCGCCUGUUCUCCACCUCCAGCCUGGGCCUGGACAGCGCCUACAAGCGGCUGAGCUCAGACGGGAGCUCGGAGCCACCGUACACCACCUGGAAGAUAAGGCCCUCCGGGGAGAGCCGUCACACGCUGGACUACAUCUGGUACUCCCACCAAGACCUCCGAGUCGAUGCGGUGCUGGACCUGCCCACCGACGAGCAGAUCGGGCCGGGCCGCCUGCCCUCCUACAGCUACCCCUCGGACCACCUCUCCCUGGUCUGCGAUAUCCGUUUCCAGGACAAGCUCCAAUAAGGCCCCCUCCCUGUUGAAAGGUUUUAACCCUUUCAGUCUCAUGACCAACAUGAAGUAGCGCCACUCAAAUUUCAAGGGGUUUUGGCUUUGGUUGAGAAUUUAGAAUUGAAUAGGGGCUUAAAACGGUAGUAUAGCAGUCAUUUUGAUUGGUUGAAAAGGCAGGUUGAGAGCACUAUAUGGCACUCUUGGGACUGUGAGGGUUCAUAUAAAAUCCAGAGUGUAGUACGUAUUACAUAUACUGCGUAUGUUUGAAAAUGCAUCGAUUGUUCCCACUUCCAUAAAUUUCAUUUUGUGUAUUUUCAAAUGUGUAUAACCAAAGAUAUUCCUUAAUUUAUCAAUAUCUAUGAGGGUGGCAAUAAUUUAUAUUUUUAUAGAUGCUGUGCAUUUUUAUAUAUGUUCUUUACAUUUUGGAUCAUCUAUUUUAAUACUUUAUUUUAAUAAUGAAUGUAUAUUUAAUUGGCACUUACGGGAAUGGUCCCAUAUCCGGUGACACUUAUUUAUUUUAGAGUUUUUAUUGCACUUUGUCACAGCUGGGUCAAGAGUUGUUGGUUGUUUAAAGUCCACCAUGCCUGGGCACAAUGUGGACGAAUGAUGACUUGCGGGUUGGCAUAAUGUGGAUGAAUGGUGGUUUUCCUAAAAGCAACCCCAUACCAGAAAGCUGUUGGUGUGAAUUUAAGUGAACUGUAAUUUAAUUUAUGAUGUCGUUACAGUCCAGUCUCUCAGUGCUUUCUUUUUAGUCCAGUAUAUUUUCAAGCAUUGUUUGGUUCUCAUUUGUAACCAAUUACAAUUGUCUAGCAGGUUGUGUAAUAAAUUAAAAGCUGUGCCACUCACUUAACUACAAAUGUAGGGGGGAAACAUCAAUUGUGGUUGAGACCAAAUGGAGGCCUGUUUGUUUGCAAUAUAUACCAUCCAUUGCUUAUUUUUCAUUAAUAAUAGAAUAAAGUGUUUUCCAUUUCCUUCAAUUAAAAUUAUCAAAGGGAAA